GCCGCCAUGAAGCGUGAACCGGAGUGCCCGGGCCGGCCGGAGCUGCCGCCGCCGUCCUCCCCCAUCUCCUCCUCCUCAUCGUCGUCGCCCCCAGGGGAGGAGGCGGAGGGCGGGGAGCUGCCGCCGGUGUGGAUCUUCGGGUACGGCUCGCUGGUGUGGAGGCCGGGUUUCGAGUUCACGUCGCGCAAGGUGGGCUUCAUCCGCGGCUACAGCCGCCGCUUCUGGCAGGGGGACACCUUCCACCGCGGCAGCGAGAGGAUGCCCGGGCGGGUGGUGACGCUGCUGGAGGACUGCGGGGCGUGCACGUGGGGUGUAGCCUACGAAGUCCGCGGGGAACAAAUUGCUGCAUCGCUCCAGUAUCUCAACAUGCGAGAAGCUGUCCUGGGAGGCUACGACACCAAGCUGGUGAAGUUCCACCCUCAGGACAAAGAUGCGGAGGAACCCAUCCUGGCUCUUGUUUACAUUGCAACACCCCAGAAUCCUUCUUACCUCGGCCCAGCAUCUGAAGAAGACAUUGCAGCUCAAAUCAUUGUCUCAAGUGGUUGUGCUGGUCAUAACAUUGAGUACUUGCUGCGACUGGCAGACUUCAUGCGCUACUUUUGUCCUCAAGCAGAAGAUAAACACCUCUUCUCCAUCGAAGAGGCUCUUACUUCCAUCCUUCCAUGCCUAUACUACACAGAAGACUCUCUAGAAGAAACUGCAAGUGUCCCUCAGAAGUCUAAGGGUUGA